AUGGAAAAAUAAUAAAUAAGCGUAUCGUUUACUUACAUUCCCACUGAAGAAGAGAAACAGAAGGAUUUAGAUAAAUAAUUGGAUAUCCAAGCUAAAUAAUUAUUACAUCCUAAACUUAAAUGGACUUCUAUUUUGCUAGCAUUUCUUUCUGUUAUCCUAUAUUCAAUUGGGUUAGAAUACUUUACCAUAAUUUAAGUGCAUUCAUCCAAAUCCAUUUAGAAGAGGAUUCAACAGCCCUCUAUUUGAUUGCCACUCUAUGUCUAUUGCCUUUAAUCUAUUGCUUAUUCAAAGUAUGCAAACAAAAAAAAGACUUGUGA